CGUAAAAAUGCCACACGAGAAAAUACGACCACAUUAAAGGCUUGGUUAUAUGAACACAGAAAGAAUCCUUAUCCAACCAAAGGUGAAAAAAUUAUGUUAGCCAUCAUCACCAAAAUGACUUUAACUCAAGUUUCUACGUGGUUUGCUAAUGCUAGAAGACGACUGAAGAAGGAGAAUAAAAUGACGUGGUCACCAAGAAACAGA